AUGGAGAGCCGCAAGGACAUGGUUAUGUUUCUGGAUGGGGGUCAGCUUGGCACUCUGGUUGGCAAGAGAGUCUCCAGUUUGUCGGAAGCCGUGGGCAGCCCGCUGCCCGAGCCACCGGAGAAGAUGGUGCCCCGCGGUUGCCUGAGCCCGCGGGCGGGCUCUGCGGCCGCCCGGGAGCGCGGCGGGGGAGGCCCGGAGGAGGAGCCGGUCGACGGACUAGGAGGCUGCGCGGCGGGGCAGGGCGCCGAGCCGCGGGCAGCCGGGGCGGCCAUGCUCGGCCCGGGUCCCCCUGCCCCCUCCGCCGACAGCCUUUCUGGCCAGGGGCAACCCAGUAGCUCGGACACCGAGUCGGAUUUCUAUGAAGAAAUCGAGGUGAGCUGCACCCCAGACUGCGCCGCCGGGAGCGCCGAGUACCAGCACAGCAAAGGACCCGGCUCCGAGGCGUUGGCCGGCAGUCCCAACAGUAGCAACGAGGUCCCCAAGAGCAGCGGCGGCGGCGGCGGCGGCGGCUCGCAAGGCUCCCUGGCCUGCAGCGCCAGUGACCAGAUGCGCCGUUACCGCACCGCCUUCACGCGGGAGCAGAUCGCACGGUUAGAGAAGGAGUUCUAUCGGGAGAACUACGUAUCGAGGCCCCGGCGCUGCGAGCUGGCGGCCGCGCUCAACCUGCCGGAAACCACCAUUAAGGUGUGGUUCCAGAACCGGCGCAUGAAAGACAAGCGGCAGCGCCUGGCCAUGACGUGGCCGCACCCGGCCGACCCCGCCUUCUACACGUACAUGAUGAGCCACGCGGCGGCCGCGGGCGGCCUGCCCUACCCCUUUCCGUCGCACCUGCCCCUGCCCUACUACUCGCCCGUGGGCCUGGGCGCCGCGUCCGCCGCCUCGGCCGCCGCCUCGCCCUUCAGCGGCCCGCUGCGCCCGCUCGACACGUUCCGCGUGCUCUCGCAGCCCUACCCGCGGCCCGAACUGCUGUGCGCCUUCCGCCACCCGCCGCUCUACCCGGGCCCGGCGCACGGACUGGGCGCGUCGGCCGGCGGCCCCUGCUCCUGCCUUGCCUGCCACGGCGGCCCGGCCAACGGGCUGGCGUCCCGGGCCGCCGCCGCCGCCGCCGCUUCGGACUUCACCUGUGCCUCCACCUCUCGCUCGGACUCUUUCCUCACCUUCGCGCCCUCGGCGCUCAGCAAGACCUCCUCUGUCGCGCUGGACCAGAGGGAGGAGGUGCCCCUCACCAGAUAA